AGCCUGUUGUACUUUGCUUCUUUUGGGAUUUACAGUUUCAUAGAUGUACAGUGACUAGAUCUGUUUCGGACACUUGACCAUAUUCAAAUUGACUUGAAAAAUGCCAUUAAAUGAAAUCUAAAUAAAUAUUUAUAUCAAACCACAUAUGUCAGUUUUGCUAAUAUUUGUAAUGCACGUAUUUGACCAGUUUAGUCACUUUACAUCUAUGUGAGUGUGUGUGCAUGUGUAAGCAUUUGAGUUGAAGGUGGCUUCCUGAAGUCUUGCUGCUCUAGCCUAGCUGUGUUUGCUGUACAGAGGCUAAAGUGGCAACCAAAGACACAGAGGCCAUAGUGACGGCCACAGAACCAGAGGCAGCCGUGCCCAUGCCUGCUGCUGAGACCCCUUGCCCUGUAGUAAUUGUGGUGACUGAAAUAGAGCCAGUAGAGGGUGAGGUCACAGACCCACAGCCAAUAGUGACACAGCCUGUAGAGAACGGGCACAGUGAACCUGAGUCAACACAGGCUAAGAAGUUUACUAAGAAGGUGACUGAGGUAAAAGAAGAGGAGCCCGCCACUUCAAAAGUUUCCGCACCUUCAAUGAAGAAGUCUGCUGAUACAAAAGCUACUCCUAUAAAAGGUAUUGUAUGACAACGGAGGACAGAGAAGUAUAUCAGUCAGUGUGUGUUUUGUGUGGAGAUGUGUGUAUACGUGCUUUGAGCAUUUAUACUCGCUGUGUUUCCUCGGAAGCUUUAAUAAUGUGGCAUUCAGACAUUCAUAGCAACAAAAUAAAUCUUCUGCAAUAAUUGAAGCACAGCUUUUCUCGGUGUAUUGCAAAAUGCUCAUGGGUUUCACUGGCAAGCCAAAAUAUAACCUCACACUUCCUUCCAUCCACAUGUGUGUUGCUUCACGGCCCGGCGGGCCAUCAGAUAAGCUUGUGGUUGUAUACAUAUCGCUUCUGUCUUGCAAAACACACUCUUAUCCUCACACACGUAUACACAGUCACAACAAAGUCACAUACCAUUCCUGUCAUGCUUGUCCAAGACACUGGCAAACAUUCCCAGCUUUCCAUCUUUUACUUGUAAGCGGGUUCAUGCUGAAUUUAAAGUUCAUGUAUGCAUGCUGUGUUCGGUCUACGGCUGGAAAUGGAGGUCAGUGAUAGGUUGGUGUAUGUGUCAAUCAUACCUUUAUUUCAGAUAAAGAUGAUGAUGUCACCGCCAGCACUCCAUCACCUCCACCUCCAGCAGGUUGGUAACCAUGACGACCCAUCCUCAUCAAAUCACUGUUUACACUUCUUUACUAAUGUUGUUGCUUUAAAAUGCCAGGUGAGCUUUUGAAAUUCAAAAUGCAAAUACUUUAGAAGAAUGAGAGAAUAAAACCAGCUAAAAAAAUUAAUAUUUACAGCUCGAAACUCGCAAAGGAACGUAUCUGCAAAAACACAUGCACUUCAAGUUUGUGAUUUUUGCCUGAUUCCUACAAGCAUUUAGACCCUUUAUAUAAUAUACGAUCAUAUCUAUAUAAAGGAAGGGAUGCAGAAGACAUCUGAUGUGUAUACGGUAUUUAUACACAUAAUGCUUGUACAGAAAUGCAUAAUUCAUGUUUUUGCAUAUAAUACAAUGUUUUAUAUGUAUUGUAAAUUUAAAGUAAAAAUCAUGCAAAAUUAAGGAAAAAAGGGAAUUCAUAAAGGAAGAAAAUUAAUUAAUUAAAAAAAGCUGUCAAAAUAUGCAGCAUAUUAUUAAAAUUGAACUUUUCAGGUUUUAGGUCAAGAAACAGCCCUUCACUUGGUUAAAACAGAUACUCAUAAUAAAUAAUAUUUUGUUUUCUUUCACAGAGGAUGGCAGCACUCCCAAGAAACUUUCUAUUGACCUUCCUAAUGAUAGCGACCCUGAGUCAACCAGGGGGAGAAAAGACUCAGUGUGGUCUCUGGGGGACGGACAACCUCCCGAGGAGAUCGACAAACAGAUUGAGACUCCGCCGCACUCGACUCUGUUGAUUGAAAUGCCUCAGACUGCUUCCAUCAAUGUAGGUGGAGACAUCACCUUCGUUGCUAAGGUGGAGGCCAAAGACUUGCUUCGUAAACCAACCAUUAAGUGGUUCAAGGGCAAGUGGAUGGAUCUGGCUAGCAAGACUGGGAAGCAUCUGCAGCUUAAAGAAUCUUUCGAUCGCUUUACCAAGAUUCACACCUUUGAGAUGCACAUUAUAAAGGCGAAGGAGAACUAUGCAGGGAAUUACAGAUGCGAGGUCACCUACAAAGACAAAUUUGAUAGCUGCUCUUUUGACCUGGAGGUCAAAGAAGUCUCAGACAGUUCUCAAAGCAUUGACAUCCGCUCAGCUUUCAAAAGAAGCAGUGAAGGCCAAGACGAUGCAGGCGAGCUUGACUUUAGUGGGCUUCUCAAACAUAGGGAGCACAAGCAAGAGGAAGUUCCUGAGGUGGAUGUGUGGGAGAUUUUGAAAAAUGCCCGACCUGAUGAAUAUGAGAAGAUUGCUUUCACAUAUGGCAUCACCGAUCUCAGAGGCCUGCUGAAAAGACUGAAGAAAGCAAAAAAGGAAGAGAAAAAGAGUGAAGCAUUUGCCAAGAGACUGGAACCUGCGUAUCAGGUGGACAAAGGUGGAAAGAUUCGGUUAGUUGUGGACCUUGCUGACCCGACCGUGGAAUUAAAAUGGUACAAGAAUGGACAAGAGAUCCGCCCUACUCCAAAGUUUAUCUUUGAGCACAAAGGCACUCAGCGGAUAAUGGUUAUUAACAACUGUCAGAUGAACGAUGAUGCUGCCUACUCAGUCACUGCAGGAGAAGAGAAGUGCACCACUGAACUGUUUGUGAAAGAACUGCCUGUGAACAUAGUGAAAAAGCUGGAGCCUGUAAAAACCACAGUGAACGAGAGAAUUGAACUGGAGUGUGAAGUGUCUGAGGAAGGAGCCAAAGUUAAAUGGAUGAAGAAUGGGGUGGAGGUCCCCACAGGGGUGCGCUCACGGUACCGUGUGAAAAGCGAGGGAACCAAACACUGGCUGAUCAUUGACGACGCCACAAAGGAUGACACUGGCACCUACUCCCUGAUGGCCACCGGGGGCACCACUGAAGCGCACGUUCAAGUUGAUCUGAAGCCUCUGAAGAUUUUAAUGGAUCUACAGAGUGUGACGGUGAAGUUGGGUCAACCUCUUAAAUUGAACUGUGAGAUUUACCCUGGAAACAUCCCGGGCCGCUGGUACAAGAACGGCCAGCUGAUCCAGCCUAGCGAACGCCUCAACAUUGUACACAGAACCAAGAAUCACAGCCUUGACAUUGAGAGCUCCACCAUUCAUGAUGCCGGCGACUAUACCUUUGUUCCUGAGGGAUACACGCAGACGCUGUCUGCCAAAGUGCACAUCAUAGAUCCUCCCAGGGUGCAUUUAGAGGCACUGAAUGCCCAGGACAACACGGUGACCAUUGUGGCUGGAAACAAACUCCGCCUGGAGAUCCCUAUUAGUGGAGAACCGGCACCCAGAGUCGUGUGGAUGAAGGGAGAACGGGUCAUCCUUGACUCAGGAAAUCGGGUUCGUGCAGAGACAUUUGCAGAUCACACCUGCCUCACUAUUGAUGUUGCAGAAAGAGAAGAUACUGGAAACUACAAGAUCGUCCUUCAGAACGAAGCUGGAGAGGACACAGCUAGUGUUAAAAUCAAAGUUGUUGAUAUCCCAGAUCCCCCUAUGGCUCCUCAGGUUACUGAUGUGGGUGGAGAUUGGUGCACUAUGAUAUGGGAGCCGCCACACUAUGAUGGUGGUUCCCCCAUCCUUGGAUAUUUCAUUGAGCGAAAGAAGAAACAGAGCUCUCGAUGGAUGAGGCUGAACUUCGACCUUUGCAAAGAGACCACCUUCGAGCCAAAAAAGAUGAUUGAAGGUGUGCCAUACGAGGUGCGAAUCUUUGCGGUUAACGCUAUCGGCGUCUCCAAACCCAGUGAACCCUCCAAACCUUUCAUUCCCCUGGCUGUGACCAGUGAACCUACAAUGCUGGUGGUGGAUGACGUCACAGAUACCACAGUGACCAUGAAGUGGAGACCCCCAGACACCAUCGGUGCCGCUGGACUUGAUGGCUACCAAGUUGAAUACUGCAUUGAAGGAACUGACGAAUGGAUACUUACUAAUAAAGAGCUGAUUGAAAAAACGAGGUACACUAUAACCGGUCUGCCAGUGGAGGCCAAGAUCUUGGUGCGUGUCAAGGCCAUAAAUGCUGCUGGGGCCAGUCCACCACGCACAACCCAACACUCCAUACUGGUCAAAGAGGUUAUCGAGCCUCCUAAGAUUCGCAUACCGCGACACUUGAAGCAGACGUACAUUCGAAAGGUUGGCGAAGUCGUCAACCUCGUCGUGCCAUUUGUGGGUAAACCUAGGCCAAAAGUCAAUUGGUUGAAGGAGGGUCAGCCGAUUGAACAAACCAUCAGCAUUCGCAACUCAGAUUGUGACAGCAUCAUGUUCAUCCGCAAAGCUGAGCGCAAGCACUCUGGGAAAUACGAACUGAGCGUACAAGUGGAGAAUCAUAUCGACACGGCCACACUGGACAUCCAGAUAGUCGAUCUUCCAGGCCCACCACAGGCUGUAAAGAUCGAUGAGGUCUGGGGGAAUAAUGUAGCACUGGACUGGAACCCACCCAAGGACAACGGCAAUGCACCCAUAAUAGGCUACACCAUCCAGAAAGCUGAUAAAAAGACAAUGGAGUGGUACACAUGUAUAGAGCACUACCAUCGUACCUGCAUCACAAUCUCAGAUCUGGUGGUGGGUAAUGAGUAUUUCUUCAGGAUCUACUCAGAGAACAUGGUGGGCUUGAGUGAAAGUGCCACUGCCACUAAAGACAGUGCUCUGAUCGUGAAAGAAGGCUUGCAACUGAAAAUCCCAGAGUAUAAUGACCGCAACUUCACCGAGCCGCCCACUUUCACUCAGCCGCUUAUCAACACCUUCGCUAUCGCAGGGUACAACGCCACCCUGAACUGCAGCGUGCGCGCCAAUCCUCGGCCCAAGGUAAUCUGGAUGAAAAACAAGAUUACCAUCAUAGACGAUCCACGUUACCGCAUGUUCAGCAACCAGGGUGUGUGUACGCUUGAGAUCCGCAAGCCCAGCCCGUUUGACGGAGGUGUUUACACCUGCAAGGCUGUCAAUGACCUCGGAGAGGCUCAGGUGGACUGCAAACUAGAGGUCAAAGGAGGUUUUACAUUCUUUGAGCUGAUGAAGCGAGGCGUUCCCUUACACCUCAUUGAUAAGUACAUGAACGAGUCGAAGACCUCUGAGAAGUCAGAGUCAGAGAAGAAGGGAUCAAUCUGAGGGCUGACUCGCCCAAUCAUUACCCAGAAAUCCCUGUCACUACUACAAAUAAUGGCACAUGUGUCUAAACUUUGGCAUGGUAUGCUGUGUUCAGACAUGGAUCUAUAGUUCUAGAAAACUCUGCGUCUGUCACUGUGCGAUCAUGUAAAGCUGUGUUUUAAGAAAUGCCACUGGAACUCAAAUGCAUGACUUCAGUAAACUGGAUGGUUGCUUCAAAAUAUAUCACAAAUAAUAGACAUUUUAUUGUGGAAAAUCUAGAGCAGUCAGUUACAGAUAUGGUAAUGUGGUUCAUUUACGUUUUUUCUGGGUUUGGGAGACAAGGGUGGUCCGAAAUGAGCACAAGUUUUGCUGUUUCUGUCUUUAUUUUAUUUUCUUGUUUGAUUUCCCCCUGAGUUUCCCCAACCCCUUUCCUUUGUUCUUUAAUGAAUGUACUGAAAUCUUACUUAGAUAUCCAAUAUCAAUACUGUGCAACUAUCAUCAGACAUGAGACGAGAUCUGAACGUUACAGAAAAUGUUGCAUUUGUCUAAGGAUACAAGCCAAUGUUCAUUCUAGCAUGACAGUUGAAUAAAUGUCUCUGUAUGAAAAACAAUGGAUUCUUUUUUGUUUUAAAAAGCCUAUAUUAUUUUGAUGAAGACAGCAAGAUUGGGUAACACUGUUCUUUGGGCAUAAAAGAUGUUUGCAUACUGCAUUUCCAUCUCAGUCUAUAUUUAUAUUAUUAUUUAUAUUUAUAUAUGUUAAUAAAAACUAAACCCUAUUUUUUUGUGGCCUUGCAAGCACUGGAAUUUCCAUUAGGAUAUGCAAGUCGAGUUACCU